UUUCAACAAUUCAAAUUUUGGCGCGUUCCGCGCUGUUGAUUGCAAGGAGUGUCAAAGGGAGCUGUCAAUAGAAAUAACAUAAAAAUGGAUCGUGCAAAAACAAGUGUGCGUGAAUAAGGUUAUAUAAAAUAUAUUAUAAAAAGACAGUAAUAGUUAAAUAAUAAUUGUAAUAAACUUUAAAUGUCGUUUCUUUGUUUACAGAGAAACAAAUUUUAGUUUAUUUUAUAAAGAAACCCUGAAAAUAUCAUUAUAAAACGACAUUUGUUGUUACAAAAAACAAAAUGAACCGGCUACAAUUUGAAUUUACAGUGAUAGCAUCAAGUGAUGGCAAAUCUAAUGUACUAGCCAUAACCUCUCUAACUACAGAAGACGGAAAAUGUUUUGCGAUACCAGACGAGUUGAAACCAAUAAAUAACCAUAAAGAAAUUACAAAGACGAGUACUUAUAUAAAGAUUAAAAAUAGCCUAAAGAAAAGACAUCAGACUAGGAAAAUAUGGAUAACAUUAAAUGAAGAACAAAAACAAACCUAUGUUGACGAAGACGGAAAUAUCCAAUUUUUAGAUCAAUAUUUAGAAGAAAUUUCUAUAGAACAACCAACAGGAAAAGAUAACAAUCUGCAACAAAUUCUGGAUAGAUUAGUGGAAUCCACAGAAAAAAAAGAACAUCACAAUUUAAAAAAUAUAUCCGAGAAAUUUAUUAUAGAAAAAUUCACAAGCAGGAACUCAAAUGCAACUCAAUGGAUGGAGACUUUUGAGAAAGAAUGUGUGAGGUUUAAUAUAAUAAAAGAUGAAACAAAAAUAGAAAUAUUAAGAUUAUUUUUAGAAAAAACUUGUUUAGACUGGUAUAGUUCUAUGGUCACAAAACUGACAGUAAAUUCAUAUUGGACAGAGUGGAAAGAAAAAUUUUUGGAAACAUUUAAGAAUAGAGGAUGGGAUACGGUAACAUAUGCAUUUGCAUUCAGAUAUAAAGAAGGAUUAUUAAUUGAUUAUGCGAUGAAAAAGGAACGCCUUAUAUUAGACAUUAACAAAUCUAUAGACUCCAGAACAUUGAUAGAUCUUAUUGCAACAGGUCUCCCAGGUUUUAUCCUAAACAAAAUAAACAGAGAAGAAAUCAAAGACAGCACUGAUUUAUUCAAUGAAAUUAGAAAAUAUGAAAGUAUGAUAUACAGAAAAAAUACUACGGUAAUAAAAAAUAGUAAAUUAAAUUUUAAAAUGAAAACCAUGGAAAGAAAAUCAUGUAAAACAUGUGAAGAAUUAAAUAAAGGAAUUAGAUAUCAUCCAGAGGAAGCGUGUUGGUUCAAUAUAAAAAAAAAUGAACAAGAGAAAAUACUUAGAACAAAAAAUGUAAAUAGUAACUCUAUUAUAGAAGUAGACUUAAAUACUGAGCAAAAAAACUAGUAAGUACACCAUUAAUCAAGAUCAAUAUUGUAUUAGAAGAUAGAUUAGAAGUAUGUGGCAUUUAUGAUUCAGGCUCACAAAUCUCUUUAAUAAAUUCAAGACUAAUCAAAGUAAAAGAAAAUAAACACAACAUGAAUACAGCAUACAUGAGAACGGUUAAUGGUGUAAAGAAAACAGAGGGUUUGAUAACAAUUAAGAUAAAGAUUUUUGAAAUAGAAGAAGAGGUGGAUGUAUACAUAGUUGAAAAUGAAGAAUUUGAUGAUUUCAUAAUCGGGUUAGAUAUGAUACAGAAAUUUAGAUUGACCCAAAAUGAAAACCUAAAAAUAGAACAAAUGAAAAGAAAAGAUAUAAAUGAAAAACAGAAUAAAAUUGAUAAAAUCUCUAAAGAUAAAGAAAGUCAAGACAAGAUGAAAGAAACAUAUUCAAUAAAUUUUAACGAACACAUAGAAGUAGAAGACUUUAAAAUUAAAAUAAAUCAUUUAGACAACAAAAAGAAAAUAGAAAUAGAGAAAAUAAUUAAAGAAUACAAAACAGUCUUUGCAAAAGAUAAAUAUGAUGUUGGUAUGGUUAAAGAUUAUGAAGCUCACAUAGAUUUACUAGUAGAUAGAUACUGUAGUAAAAGGCCAUAUCGAUGCACAAUUGAUGAUAAAAUAGAAAUAGAAAAACAGAUAUCAAUGUUACUAAAGAAUAAGUUAAUAGAAGAAUCAUACAGUCCCUUUGCAGCUCCGGUGACACUAGCAUUUAAAAAAGAUGAAAAUAAAAGAUCAAGAUUAUGUAUAGAUUUUAGAGAACUAAACAAAAUUAUUAUGCCACAAGCCCAACCAUUUCCAUUGAUAGAUGAUUUGAUAAUAAAGACUAGAAAUUGCAAAUACUUUACUACAUUAGACAUAAAUUCAGCAUUCUGGUCAAUACCAUUACGGAUUGAAGAUAGAAGUAAGACAGGAUUUGUAACACAAGAUGGACACUUCCAGUGGACCUGUCUACCAUUUGGAUUAAAAACAUCACCAGCUAUUUUCCAAAGAAUUCUUAGCAAUAUACUACGAAAACACAAUCUGACAAGCUAUGCUGUUAAUUACAUUGAUGAUAUUUUAAUAUACUCAUCAACUUUUCAAGAACAUAUAAGGCAUAUAAGAUAUGUAUUAGAUGCAAUAAUAGAAGAAGGUUUUAGAUUGAAAUUUAAGAAAUGUACAUUUGCUUCAAAUUCAGUGAAAUAUCUGGGCCACAUAAUUCAAAAUAAUUCUGUAAGACCGCUAAAGGAUAAUUUAACGUCAAUAAGAGAUUUUCCAACACCUAAAACCCAGAAAAAUAUUAGACAAUUCCUAGGGAAAAUAAAUUUUUAUCAUGAAUAUAUACCGAGAAGCGCAAUAAUUUUAGAUCCAUUACAUAAAUUAUUAAGAAAAAACGAGAAGUUUGUUUGGUCAGAAACAUGUGAAAAUUCAUUUAAACAGAUAAAAGAGUAUUUAUGCUGUCAACCAGUAUUAGAAAUAUAUGACAAGAGUUUACCAAUAAAAAUAUAUACAGAUGCAUCUUUAGAAGGUAUUGGGGCAAUACUGAAACAAACACAACCAGAUGGUAAAGAUAAGCCAGUGGCAUAUUUCUCAAAAAAGCUAAAUGAAGUUCAAAAAAGAAAAAAGGCAAUAUACCUAGAGUGUUUAGCGAUAAAAGAAGCUGUGAAAUACUGGCAACACUGGCUUAUUGGAAAAAAGUUUAUUAUUUACUCAGACCACAAACCUCUUGAAAAUAUGAAUAUAAAGGCUAGAACAGAUGAAGAAUUAGGGGACCUAACAUACUAUUUAUCUCAAUAUGAUUUUGUAAUAAAAUAUAUACCUGGUAAAGAAAAUUUAGAAGCAGACGCCUUAAG